AUGGCGCCUCCUGUCGACCUGUCCCAUCAUUAUGCAUCCACCACCAAACGACGUGUGGGGAGCAGCAUCAAGGACCUAUAUAAGUACUUCUUCAUCCCGGGCAUUGCGAACCUGGCUGGAGGCCUACCAAAUCCCUCAUACUUCCCAUACGAUACCCUCGAGGCAACCGUCGCAACACCCCAGCGUUUCCAACCUUCCAGCAAUGGCACCACCAAGAAGUCUGGCGAUGACGCCAAGUCAUCGAUGCGGUUGAUUGUUCCCAAAGAGAGUCACGCGACCGAUGUGCAGAAUAGAAUCGACGUCGCCACGGCCUUGCAGUAUGUCACAGCUGAAGGCCUCCCUCCUAUGGCCUCCUUUGUUCGCCAAUUCACCCGUCACCAUCUUCAUCCAAACGUUCCAUAUGCUGGAGGCCCCGACACCAUCCUCACCACCGGAGCGACCGAUGGCUUCUCCAAAUCAAUCGAAGUGUUUACGAAUGUCUGGGACCCGGAGAGAGACUGGAUCAGUCAACGCGAGGGCAUUCUUUGUGAAGAAUUCGUAUAUAUGAAUGCGGUCGCAACCGUCAAGCCCAGGGGUCUCAACGUCGUACCAGUCGCCAUCGACACACAGGGAAUGCUGGCACGCGGUAAAGGAGGGUUGGCCGAUGUUCUCGAGAAUUGGGAUUUCCGAAAAGGCCGUCGUCCGCAUCUAAUGUACACCAUCACGAUUGGCCAGAACCCCACGGGCGGCACCCUAUCCGUCGAGCGUAAGAAGGAAAUAUACGCGCUCUGCCACCGAUACGAUAUCAUCAUAAUCGAGGACGAUCCUUAUUGGAAUUUGCAAUACCCAUCGGCAACCGCGUUAGAAGCCCAGCAUCGUGGCUCGCCCAUAGAUACAGCUUCGGGUAAGCGUAAUUAUAAUGCGCAUGGAAAGUCCUCCGGAUAUGAAUUCCUGGACUCGUUGGUCCCAUCGUAUCUAUCCUUGGACACGGAUGGACGCGUUGUGCGUCUUGACACGUUCUCCAAGACCAUCGCCCCUGGUUGUCGCUUGGGCUGGAUAACCGCACAACCGGCCGUGAUCGAGAGAUUGGCACGGGUGACCGAAACAGCAACGCAGGCACCUUCGGGCUUUGUUCAAGCCAUGGUAGCCAAACUCAUUCUGGGUCAACAGACAGAGCGCACGUCUACUAAUUCGAGCAAGAGCGACUGUAGCUGGCAAAUGGAUGGCUGGGUCCGUUGGCUGGAGGGUUUGCGUGGUGGAUAUGAACGACGCAUGCAAGACAUGUGCAGCACUCUAGAGGAGGGUAGAUAUAUUAUUGCCACGGACGCCGGCCUUGAGUCCAGCGAGGAAAGCUGGGAAGUCGUAGAUAAAGUACAGAUGUACGACUUUUCUUGGCCCACCGGCGGUAUGUUCGUCUGGAUCAAGCUCCGUCUCGACACCCAUCCCUUGUAUGGCAGAUACAAUCCAGCCAGGCUUUCCAAGGCCUUGUGGGUACAUUUGACACAGAAACCGUACCUCUGUCUCCUAGGACCGGGAGACUUGUUUGCUCCCUCGCAGGAGACCUUGAAUCGUUCUUGGCAGUAUUACCGACUAUGCUUUGCGGCUAUGCCUGAAGCUGACGUGAAGGAUAUCACGGUGAGACUGGUGGAUGGGUUCCGGGCGUUCUGGAAGAGGACAGAUUUAGAUGGUCUCGAGGGAAACGGUGAAGAUAUGUCGCAGGUGGUUCGGAAUAUGGAAAAGGAGCGCGUGGCAAAUUUCUUGGGAAGUGGAUGUUAG